AAGACGUCAUCAAAACGCGACGACGUCGGGCGGAAGUACGCCACUAAAUAUGGCUGUCAUAACAUAACUGUAAACAUUCCAAUUUACUUGGGUUUUUAUUUGCCUUAAACGUUUCGGCGGCAACCUGCCAGAAAUCGAAAAGCAGAGCAUUUUUUUUUUUUUUUUUUGCGACGUAUGGCAACGGACGGGGAACUCGAAUGUGUCCACCGGCCUCGGGCAUGUCUGUGUGUCCUCUGCGGGCUUCCUGCCGCCGGGAAGUCGUCCUUGUCCCGGACUCUUUGUCUCUCUGCGAGUCGCAGCGGUUGGAGAGUGGCUGUUGUGCACUACGACGAGCUGAUCCCAGAUCAGGCUUUUCACGCCAGAGAGCCGGAGGAGCAAACUGAAUGGAAACUCCACAGACACGCAGUGUUGCAGCGCAUCGAGGAGUUCCUAAAGAAUCCCAAAACCUCGCUCGAGCUUCCCGGCGGCUGCAGGAUCGAGGGGGCUGCGUGGGAACGAUGCAUAAGACCCCUCCUGGACCCCCCUCUGGGCCACCAGGCGCCGCUCCUGUUCCUACUGGAUGACAACUUCUACUACCCGAGCAUGAGAUACGAGGUCUACCAACUGGCCAGAAAGUAUUCGCUCGGCUUUUGCCAGGUGCACGUGCAGUGCUGCUUGGAGUCGUGCGUCAGCAGGAACAACAGCAGGCCACGCCCCGUCCCCGCCGAGGUGCUGGUGGCCAUGGAGAAGCGUUUGGUUCGGCCGAAUCCUAGGAAAAACCAGUGGGAGGCGAAGAGCGUUUCAGUCGAGGCGACGGACGACGUUUCGGAAUGUGACGUUCAGAAUGUGCUGGAGUUGAUCUGGUCUGCACUCAACGACCCCUUAAGUCCAGUUGAGGACAACACGGAGCAAAAGGAGGCGGACCGGCAGAAAUGUGCCGCCAGCGUGGUUCACCAGGCCGACCAGGCCUGUCGACGCCUCGUCUCUGAAGCUAUGAAGAAAGCCAGAGACAGCGGAGUGUCCUCGGAACACAUGAGGUCCUUGGCCGCUCAGCUCAACCAAUCCAAAGUGCAAUUCCUCCAAAACGUGCGCAAACAUUUUCUCCAGGAGGCGCCUUUUAUUCGAGAAGAGGACGUCGACGUGGAACAUGCGGUGAAGAGAGCCGUGGGACUUUUUGACCGCGACGUAGAGGAAAUACUGUCCAGAAUAAUGACGGUCAAGGACCAAUCAGGAAUGGCGACACGAUUUUACCAAUAAAUCUAAUGACAAUGGCAUUUAUUGAAACAUGUUUAUGUGCACAAUAUCUACACAUAGUAUUAUAUUUGCAUGGUCCUAUUUUGGUAGCUAAUAUUUUUAUAUUUUAACACAAAAAACUGACUUAGAAGAAUUUUAACUUCACUGGCCACAGUCACCGAAAAUACAAAAAGAAAGUAAAAAUCCAUGUUUGUAGUGAAGUAUAUUUCUGGUCUUGACAUCCUCCGGAGAAAAGUUAAAAGUUAAAGUACCAAUGAUUGUCUCACACACACACUAAGUGUGGCAAAAUUAUUCUCUGCAUUUCACCCUUGAUCACCCCCUUGGAGGUGAGGGGAGCAGUGAGCAGCAGCGGUGUCCGCGCCCGGGAAUCAUUUUUUGGUGAUUUAACCCCCAAUUCCAACCCUUGAUGCUGAGUGCCAAGCAGGGAGAUAAUGCGUCCAAUUUUUGGGGGUUUGAACUCACGACCCGCCGAUCUCAGGGCGGACACUCUAACCACUAGGCCACUGACUUUGUGAAGAAUGGCGACAUGGCAGUGGGGCCGGAUCAAAAGAGACACCGAAGACGCUUUACCGAACCAAAAUUUGCUUUAUUACAAGCAUCAUUAUACAGGACUGCAGUACCUGGAGGAGGUCAAGUCAAAAAAAAAAAUGAGGCACUCCUAACUUGGAGGAGCCGAACCCCAGUCUUAUAUUCCUUCUGGGGACGGCGUGGCGAAGUUGGUAGAGUGGCUGUGCCAGCAAUCUGAGGGUUACUGGUUCAAUCCCCACCUUCUACCGUCCUAGUCACGUCCGUUGUGUCCUUGGGCAAGACACUUCACCCUUGCUCCUGAUGGGUCCUGGUGAGCGCCUUGCAUGGCAGCUCCCGUCGUCAGUGUGUGAAUGGGUGAAUGUGGAAAUACUGUCAAAGCGCUUUGGGCUCCUUAAAAAGGGGUAGAAAAGCACUAUACAAGUACAACCCAUUUACCAUUCUGUCUGGGUGUGUGUUCAUUCAGGAUGGUACAACCUGACCAUGUAAGGAGAUAUUGAUUGAUUGAUUAAAACUUUUAUUAUUAGAUUGCACAGAUCAGUACAUAUUCCGUACAAUUGACCACUAAUUGGUAACACCCGAAUAAGUUUUUCAACUCCACGUAAAUCAAUUCAUGGUAAUUUGUGUGUAAGUGACUGGGAAGACAACAGAUGUAUACCAUAACUCGUAGGUUGACGUUAAGAUAAAAAUGGAAUCUUUCCUCCAGGAUAGAGCUAUCACUUUUGAAUUUAUUGCCCCUUCUCAUGAGAGAGUUAACCCAGUCCACAUACAAAUCUUCAACUAAGGCUCAUUAAUUUAUUAUGGGCUCAACCAUUAUUUACUUAAACCCGGUGGUUCGCUUUCUCCAAGUUGAAUAUAAACAUUCACCAUAAGUAGAACAUAAUAUGAGUUAAUGAAUUCACUUCAGUAGAAAGUUACUAUUUACAGUAUACACAUAUUUUGUAUGUUAUAAAACAAAUUGACAUGUAUAAAAAAAGAAAUGUGUUAUUUACUUGUUGUUAAAUACUGUUCAUUUGUGAUUAAAGUGUUCCGUGUGCAGCUGCCUGUGUAAAAAAAAAAGGAGGUCCUUACAAAGAAAUUGGGUAAAAUGUACACACUCAGUCAAAUACGUACAUAGUCAUCCACUUAAAGGUAGGGGUGUAUUGAUACAUGUUUUUCACUUGAUGCGAUACUGAUAUUGGAGCUUUGAGUAUUGGUCGAUACCUGUAAUAAUCCGAUACGAUAUCAGCACGAAUCGUGGUGCAUACUUUUAUUUUGUAAUGGAGUGCACAAAAAUUGGUUUGCGGUUCUUAUUGAUCCUUAUUCUAAAUCGGUGAAUAAUUUUCAAAAUCUAUUUAAGAAAAAAAAAAUAUAUAUUGUUAAAUAAUAGAUUACUAAAAAGACGUUAUUAGGCCAUCUUUAUUCAAUCAAAAAGAUAUUUCCUAAUCUCAUUUGAAAAAUGUUCAUUAUAAUUAUUAUGCAACAUAAUAGCAUACUUGCCAACUUUGAGACCUCCGAUUUCGGGAGGUGGGGGGCGGGGCUUGGUUGGGGCGUGGUUAACAGAGGAGGAGUAUAUUUACAGCUGUCCAUCCAUCCAUUUCCUACCGCUUAUUCCCUUUGGGGUCGCGGGGUGCGCUGGUGCCUAUCUCAGCUACAAUCGGGCGGAAGGCAGUGUGUACACCCUGGACAAGUUGCCACCUCAUCGCAGUAUGUGUGGAAAUCUUUAUUAAGAAUUGAAUCACUUGUUUAUUUUUUGACAAGUUUUUAGUUAUUUUUAUAUCUUUUUUUCCAAAUAGUUCAAGAAAGAGCAAUAUUUUGCACUGUUAUACAAUUUAGUAAAUCAGAAACUGAUGACAUAGUGCUGUAUUUUACUUCUUUAUCUUUGUUUUUUCAACCAAAAAUGCUUUGCUCUGAUUAGGGGGUACUUGAAUUAAAAAAAAUGUUCACAGGGGGUACAUCACUGAAAAAAGGUUGAGAACCACUGCUCUAAAAGCCGUAGAUGUUAUUGUCACAUAUGCAUGUACAGUAGAUGGCAGUAUUGUCCUGUUUAAGAGUGUCACAACAUUGAUGUUUACGGCAGACGAACUGCUUUACGGUAGACGAAAACUUGACUGCUGUUGUUGUGUGUUGUUACCGCACUGGGGGAACGUUAAUGAAACUGCCUAGCAAUAAACCCACAUAAGAAACCAAGAACUCGCCCUCGAUCAUUCUACAGUUAUAACGUCAUUGGGCAGACACGCUGUUUUUAUUGUGGGAAAGCGGACGUGAAAACAGGAUGUCCUCACUCAGGUCCGCAUGGAGCUGGAGGGGGCGUAGCCUCCAGCUGCGCCUGAAUUUCAGGAGAUUUACGGGAAAAAAUUUGUCCAGGGAGGUUUUUGGGAGAGGCGCUGAAUUUCGGUAGUCUCCCGGAAAAUCCGGGAGGGUUGGCAAGUAUGCAUCAUAGAUUGCAAGAAUCGGUUUGAAUCAUGAAUCGUGUUGAAUUGUCACCCCAGGAGUCGGAUGGUAUCGUCAGGGCCCCAAAGAUUAACACCCCUAUUUUGUAGUUUUGAAUGUUAAAAAAAAAAAGGCUUGAGUAUGUGAAAUUAAUCAGAACAGUAAAAUGUAUGGAAAAAACAUUAACCCUAUGACAAAUUUAUGCUGUUGAAGUGGUCGAGAUGCCACCUCAGUAGAAACAUUUAAGUCUCACCUUAAAACUCAUUUGUAUACUCUAGCCUUUAAAUAGACUCCCUUUUUAGACCAGUUGAUCUGCCGUUUCUUUUCUUUUUCUUCUAUGUCCCACUCUCCCUUGUUAAGGGGGUCGGGUCCAAUCCGGUGGCCAUGUACUGUUUGCCUGUGUAUCGGCUGGGGACAUCUCUGCGAUGCUGAUCCGCCUCCGCUUGGGAUGGUUUCCUGCUGGCUCCGCUGUGAACGGGACUCUCGCUGCUGUGUUGGAUCCGCUUUGGACUGGACUCUCGCGACUGUGUUGGAUCCAUUAUAGAUUGAACUUUCACAGUAUCAUGUUAGACCCGCUCGACAUCCAUUGCUUUCCUCCUCUCCAAGGUUCUCAUAGUCCUCAUUGUCACCGACGUCCCACUGGGUCAUUAUUGUCACCGAUGUCCCACUGGGUGUGAGUUUUCCUUGCCCUUAUGUGGCCCUACCGAGGAUGUCGUGGUGGUUUGUGCAGCCCUUUGAGACACUAGUGAUUUAGGGCUAUAUAAGUAAACAUUGAUUGAUUGAUAAUAAUUUUUUUUGUUGUCGCAAUAAUUCAUUUAAAUUAAGUGCGUGACGCAGUAAGUCGAAUGAUGCGGACACGUCUGUUACUGGAUACUUUCUAAUACAAUGCUGCCUUUGAGACUUUGUAUAUGCAAGUAAUAUGCAACUAUACGUGUUUAUAUUGACAAAUAUCGAGUUUCAGUCUGCAAUAUUGUUCAAUUAAAGACACCUAUUACAAA